GUAACCGAAAUGUCGGACGACGACAAGGUGGUGGUGGCUGCGGCGUCGUCCGUUGGGUCCGACAGUGGCGAUGACAGCAUAACUACGCGGGACAGCCACCACAAACAGCAUGCUCCCGUGCAGCCCCAGCCCAACCUCGUCCAGACCGUCAUCUUCAAACUCCCUCCGCCCAUCGACACGGCCAUGAAAAAGCGCGGCAAGCAAAAGCGCACGCGGUCCCAAGUGCAGCGCAUCAUGGGCUGGUACCCUCCCACUGCCAUUCAGGACAUGAUGCAAGCCGACCAAUCGACCAUCGAAGCCCUAGCGCGGGACCGCGCCGCCCGCAAAGUCCACGAGGCCCUCGACCUUCAACGCGCACUGCUGCCACGCCGACGCAAACCGGAUAACGCGGACGGCAACGUCACCCCCCAGCCGUCUCCUGCCCGCGGGGGACUGUCCACAUUGCCUUCGUCGACCCCAAAUCACACAAUCCAGCAAGUUACCGCACUUGACACAGCACGGACGAUGCAAGCCAUGACUGCUGAAGUCGCCGCUAUCGAAGCCAAGCUGGCGCUUCUGGAGCAGCGAGAUAUCACGUCGAGUGCGUCCACGGUCGAGUACACACUCGACAGCAGCGCUCCGAGUGACUUCAAUUUUGCCCCCUUUUCGACCCAGCGGCAGCAGCAGCUGUCGGCCCUCACGAGCAGUACCAGUGGUUCACCAUCUUCAUUUGGCAACCUCCUCGGCCACUUUCCCCGAAAGCAAGUCACAACCCAACGCAUUUUGUCCAAAAGCUUGCGUGAGCUGUACCGUCAAGUGGGAGCCGUGCCUGUGAACGACGACAGCUACGCCGACCAACGCGAACGCGAUCACUUUCUCGACAAAUACCGCUACCAAGUGCGCGCGACGGAAGGGGCCCUUCGCAUCCAAACCGUGUGGCGUAUGCAUCGGUUCCGGGUCGUGUUUUGUCGGUGGCGGGCCACCAAGCUCAAGAAAAAGCGGCGAGUGUUUCAUAUGUGGGCUAUGGUUCACUCUAUUGACAAAAUUGUACGGCUUCGACUGUGUCGGCAGGCGUUCGCGGAAUGGGCCGAAGAGGUCGAGUGCAACAUCAAGCUCCGGCUCAUCGAACUCAAAUUGCUACAACACUCGUCCACGUUGUACAAACUACCAACCAUCGUGAAAAACCUUUUUGUGACCAACUCGCGCGAGUGGCUGGACGGACCGCAGUCGCUGGAGCGGCGCGCGCGGACAGCAUCUACCCAUACCGUGAUGUUCGUGGACCACGCGUUCGCCGACGUCGAGGACCGAUCGGGGGGCCGCCGCACAUGCAAUCGGAUCUACGAGCUCCGCGUGGAAAUGGAGAAGGCGCGGACGGCCGUGGCGCGCAAGUUUGUCCAGACCACGUUCCUCCAGUGGAAAGCGGUCCACCAAGAGCACUCCCGCGUCGUGAUCAACGCGGAAAUGUGUCUCCGUCGGGCAUUUCGGAUGGCGUUUAUGAAGCGGCCGGCGUGGGUCGGGGAGCGCGUGCUGGUCGCAUACCAAAUGUGGUACCGGUAUACUGUGUUCAAGCGGCACAAGCGGCGGUGUCUCGAAGUGCCCGUGUUCACAACCCCCCUGACGCAAUGGGACCAGUGGAUCAAGGCGUACCGCGACGAGCAGAUUCGCAUCCUCGAAGCGCAAGCCAAGGGGCCGUUGGCGUGGAUGCGACGGUACUUUCACCUGUUGGUGCGGUUUUGGCAACAACGCCAUGCCAAGAAGGUUGCUACCAUCAAGGCCAAAUUGCACUAUCAACGGCGGAUGGUCGCCGAGUUGUUUGAGAGCUGGCACCGCGACACAGUGGCCAACUUGGACACUCGCGGCCGGCUCAAGCACGUGUUUCACGCAUGGAGGUUCUACGUUCUGCAAAAACAGCACUGCCGGCCGCAAAAGCGCCGCGUGGCAAUCAAAGCCAAGCAGCGGCAGGCGGCGCGGUCGUGGGAUGCUUGGAAAGAAGUGGUAGCGAGGCACGACAUGAUCGAGUUAGACCGGCUCUCCAAGCUCCUCCAGCCCCAAGUGUACCCCAAGAUGUGCCAGGUGCUGUUUUACUGGGCCGACGUCGCGUCCCAGCGCACCAAACACCACGUGUUUCAACGGUGGAAAGCAACGCUGAUGCAGCGCAAGAACUUUAGCAAGUUCUGGUGCACGGCGACGUCACUGUACGAUCGGGCGUUGGUCCGCACCACGUUCCUCGCCCUCCGCAGCACCGUCGUGCCGCGCACCAGUUCUCCCCCCCUGUCCGGACAGCUCGUCCUGACCCCAGACCCCGACGCCAUCCUCGACGCCCUUGAAAAGGCGUUGCCGUACAUGUACCGUCGCGACCAUCGGGUGGAAGUGGAGCCGUACUCGUUGUACUCGUUCCACUUGGCCGUAAGGGAUGGCCAUGUAGCCGCCAUGGAAGCCAUGAUGCAGCACGAUCCGCUGCUCGUGUACGGCCGAGAGCCGGUGUACGGCAACACGGCGCUGCAUGUUGCCGUCGGCCGCAGCGACAAGCACCUCGGGUGGUUCCACCAGCGCGAAGUGUUGGGGUCGCUGCUCAGUCACGGCGCGUCGGCUUUUGCCAUCAACCACGUCGGCCAAAGCGCACUUCUGGCUACGUCCGACCUGCACAUGCGGCAUUACAUUCAAACUAAUGGCUAUGGAUUCAACGCGAGCAACCGUCCGGCCAACAUCCGCUUGCAAGACGCCAACACCACGCCCAUGUGGCAUGCCCUGGCGCUCAUGCUGGUGCAAGUACAGACGGGGGGGCGACAUCUGGGGCGUGCAUGCCUGGGGGGAUGGCACAGCUUUGUACCUCGAGACUCGCCCUCCCCCACCUUCGGUCGCGACGAAACCACCUCGCGACCGGCGCCGUUUCUGUACGUGAUGGCCAACAAACUGCUCAAUCGGAAGCGCGUGCAGGCCGUGCAAGUCCGCGUAGGGCUCGUGGUGUCGUCGAAUCUGCAGACCACGCGGGCGAUGCUGGUGCGGGACCGCAGCGUGUGUCCGGACGAGUGCCGAUUGGACUGGGUGGGGGGUGGCGGCAUCCCGGUGUCGGUCGACCUGGUGCCGGAACUGUCAGACGAGCUCCCCUCGUCGUUCCACGCGACGCACUACUUUGGCAAAGACACGACCGGCGCGUUGGAGUCCCACCUCGCGACUGAUUUUGUCCAGCAUUUGAUGGCCAAGCCAUCGAUGCAGUUGAAACCGGUGGAGGAUGAAGUCAAAGCGCUUGAUGCGAUGGUUAGAGCCACCGAGAACCAGCUUCUGCAGCUCGAGCGACGUGGGACCAAGAAGCACAAGAACUCUGCUGGUGUCGUCGACUACGAGUCCAAGAAAGUGUACGGCUCCAUCGACGAAGAGAUCCUCCAGGUACAGCACCAUCGCGCGUGGACGGAGCUGCGCAUUGCCGUGAAACUCGCGCACCCGCAGCCCCCGCCGGCGUCCUCCCCCGCCGAAGCCGACGUGAUCAAGGCCCUGCACAACGACCUCCCGAGUGAAACUGACGUGCUCGUCAAGUUGGACGAGAUGAUUGCGCACCAGCAGACGUGCAUUGCGACUGUCCAGACACUUGUCGACGCCUCGCGGGUUGAACUACAGACCCACCAAGACCAGUACACGACGCUGCUCGACUUGUACACUGGCGACGACGCCAAUCACAUGUAUUCGCAAUUGGUGACGACGCGGCUGGCAGUGGACGAGCACAAGGUGGCACUUCAAGCGGCCGAGAAGAAGCUGCAAAAACACCAAGCCAAAUUGGAGCAACUUGACACAGUGCUCAAGCUGUACUCUGGUCCCAUCGACGAACAGCGCACAUACACCCAGGACGAGUACGCCACCCUCAGCAGUCUCCUGCAUUUGCAGCAGCACACCUACGAUCGGCUGAUGCACACGCGUUCCAAGCUUGAGAGCCGGUACAAAGACUUAGACCAGGAAUCGCUGGAACAGCCCGCCCAGGCCAACUUGGAGCGGUCGAUGCGCAAGAGUUUCCGCACGACUGCGAAACGACUGCUGGUGCAGCACCAGGUGCUCACGCAGAUGCGCCGCAGCUCCAGCGCCUUAUUGGACCUCAAACAGCACAAGUGGUUUGUGCGGUCGUCGGGGUCUCCUGCGGAUUCGACCCCCGAAGAAUCCCCGCCCCCCCUCGACCAGGGGGCCCUGACAAAGGUCGCGUUCUCCUCGGACAGCGUCGUCCGCGCGGGGCUGCAGCACACGCUCGACGCCGACAAGGCCGCCACAGAAGUCCCGUCCGCGCUCGUACAAGCUUACCGCCGCAGCAUCACGCUUCUUUUUGACGCCGAGCGACAGAUGGUGGCCAACGAAGCCGACGCCCAACGGCGAGCGGAUGUCCAGUCCCAAGCGUCGUUUGUCGAAAUCAACCCCGUCACAGGCCAAGUGGACCCACCCCCGUCGUCCGUGAUGGAGGACGGAGGCAGACGGAGUGUUGUCCGGCAUCCAAAACACCAACGGGCGACCGUCGACGACGUGACGCGGCUCGAUGCUACUCGUCGCCGCGGAACGCUCAUUGUACCAUCCGUCGGCGGUGCCCCCCCUAUCAGCCAUGACGACAACGGAAAGAUGCCAGUCAACAAGACCCGGGAAACGCUUCGACGGGUCCUGCUAACACGAGGAAGUGACGACCCCCCAAACAAUAGCUCUCCAAACGACCGUUUGGACGACCUAGACAUGUCGUCAUUGGAGCUAGACGACCUUCAUGACAAGAGUCGGCGGCGAAUCUGGGGGUCGCGGUUUGAAUUUGCAAAUUUCACCGUCGCGGCUGACACCGAGGACGCAUCCAUCGUUGCGCUCCCUGGAAGCUCCCGCGUCCCCCAGUCGGCUCGAGGAGGGCCCAUAUCGCUGUGGAAAGCGGACGGAAUGACAGGAUCCGUCCCCGCCGCUGACAUGACGUUUAUGCACAAACAUAUGACACAUGACAAACAUGUGACGGCCGAAAAAAAGCGAACGAGUCCGCUUCGAGGCGGUGAAGGUGUGCCGCCGAUGCAGCGCACGGGCUCGUCCCGAAGCCCCGUCCGCCAUCGACACUCGACGGUGGAAGCGACACCGGAUAGAGACGACCAGCGCCAACGCCGUCGCAUGAGUUGCUCUACUUCCAUCGAAACAAACGAUGCCGAGGGGCCCCAGCUGCUGCCAUUGCUGGAACUCAAUGCUGCUGCGGCACUGAAAGCCUCCCCGCUGCCAUCGUCGCGCACCCGACGUAACAUGAUCACGUCAAGAACCGAACAAGGCAUCGAAGGUCCGCUCGUAGAUGGUGACGCAGUGUCGCAUACGCCGCCAGACGAGUCCCCCCAAGUGUCGAGUUGCAUCGACUGCGAGGUUCCAUCGAUCAUACCUGGCAAUGCCGACAACACCCCCACACCUCUAGAUGACCCACCUGCAUCCCCCCAACCCCCUUCACUGUCCCCACCAUCGGUAGACGAGACGGACGAUGCCGCGUUCGACGACGUCGACGUAUUGCUAAGCAACUUUACAACGUUCUCGCAAACGCUGCGGCGGCAAUACUUGACUCACGAUCCCACGUCGAAGCCAGUACAUUCGUCCCGACUGGUGUACGUCGCGCCCCCCAACUCUACCGCCGUGCCUCUCCGAUCCAUGGACGACAUUCUCCAGCGGGAUGACUCAUUCCGGCUUCGUCGAGCCAAACCCAAACACAAGUACCCGAAACGCACGACAAGCCCCCUGCUUCCGUCUAUCAGCGGCGACACGUUAACCCUCGCUGGGAAGUCGUCGGCGUUGCUUCUCCGAUCGUCGCAGUCCAUUCCUCGUCUCACGAAGACGGUCCCGCCGCGCUACAUCCUCCCCCCUAAACAACUCGACCUUCCCAGCGACCUCCACUUGCCAGAUAACCAGCUGAAUUCGGUGGCCGAAGACGACGACUGGGGCCGCCGCAUUGCGCACAUCGAGCUGCAGCUGUUCAACGACCCCCCACUUCCCGACAACCCCCCCAAGACCAGUCAUCCCUACGGACAACCCGCCAAACUGCACGUCACCACAUUGGAUGAGCGGCCGUUCCAUAAAGCGUUUGAACCAAAAGGGCGCGACAAUGCAGCAGAAGCCCCAGAUCACAUGGGGCUGGUUGGCACCAGAUUGGAGCGACAACAUCACACCCAAUCGAUGCCGACAUUGCCCUUUGCUCAGGGAGGGGAGGUGCUGCAAGGAAGCCGGCUCAACUCCGAUCAGCGCAAUGAAGUGUGGCUCGCCUUUGCUGAGAAACCCAUGUCCGAUGCAGUGCAGCAAGCGUACUCCGCCGUGUAUCCCAAUACCUACCCCACCAUCGGUCCCAGCGGUCCGUCGAAAGACUUGUCGAUUUAUGGUAGCGCCAACCACAUUCACACCACGACGAGUGUACCAGGGGUGGUCGCGGGCUCAUCGGUAGCACAGCAGCAGCAUGUUCAGCCACCUUCCACCUCUCUGCCAACACAACACACGAUAGUUCGACCCGGCCAAAAGUCGAAAGACAUUUGCUUUUGGCAAGCCGUCGAAGGGUUCAAAUCGAUCCAGAACUUUGCAACCAAAGGCGCGGCGUUCCAGUUGCCGCCCGCAAAACUGCGACGGCAACGACGAGGCACCGAAAUAUACGACGAAUUCCUGCACAACGACAGCCCCCAUGCCCUCACGUGGCUGCUGCGCGACCAUCCGGACAGCGUCCACGCCGUCGAGGUGGUCCUUGAGGCGGACGGUGGAUGUACCCGCAACAUAUUUGACGACCUCCAGCGCAUCGUGGAAGUUCAUAUGAAAGCCAAACAACGACGAAGGAGCUAGGCGAAGUGAAAAUACUUUAUGUUGGUGUUUUUCGUUUGGCGACAUCACAAUAAUUGUAACCUUAGUAAGUACUCCGAGUAUGAAUACACGU